AUGAGUCCGUUGAUCAGCAGCAUAGCAUGGGUCCGACGGGGAAAGCUCGCACGCAUUGAGCUCGAGGAUGCCCAGAUCGAGUUGCAGCGCGCGAGCGAGGCUGCCCAUGACAUGGAGAACAGGAGCGACGAGGAGGAUAGUAGUGUCGAAGAGGAUGAUAAUGAUGAUUCGUGGGAAGAUGCGUCUGACGAUGAUCGUAUGGACGAAGACGUGAUCGACCCCGAGCCUAAAAAGUCCAAGUCAAAGCCGAAUGCUCAAGACGAUCCAGACGGUCUUGCCGAGUACAAUCUUGACAAUUACGACGAGGAGAAGAUUGGGGCCGCCUCUGGUGUAUUCAGCAACAUCAAAGGCCUUACUUAUUAUCGCUCAAACGACGAAGAUCCAUACAUCACACUAAAAGAGGACGAUGAAGAGGCAGAACGAGCCGAGCUCCAAGUCCAGUCCACAGACAACAUGAUCGUCACUGCCAAAACAGAGGACGAAGUCUCGCAUCUCGACAUAUACAUCUACAACGACAAUGACGAAAACCUCUAUGUCCACCACGACAUUCUCCUCCCUUCCUUUCCUCUCUGCCUCGAAUGGCUCGACUUUCCUCCCACCUCCUCGUCCUCCCCCUCGACCCCUUCAACAACAACAAGGAAACUUUAUCGCAAGGCCAUCUACCCUUCGCUCAUCCUCGGCCGCCCCGACAAGUCCGCAGCGCACGUUCCCGUACCGCUCGGGACGGGCAAAAAGAAGCGCAAGCAGACCAAGGCGCGCGAUCCUACGCCCGAGUACCACGUCGACGCCGUCCUCGGUCUUGCCUGGAACCGCUCGCACCGGAAUAUCCUCGCGAGCGCUAGCGCCGAUGCUACCGUCAAGAUCUGGGACUUGUCCUCGGGCGCAGGGAGUACAGGGGGUGCGGGGAGUGCGGUGAGGAGCUUUGGUGUUCAUCGUGACAAGGUGCAGAGUGUCCAGUGGAACACGGUCCAGCCCGAGGUUCUCUUGACUGGAAGCUACGACCACACCGUGCGGGUGUUUGAUUCGCGCGAUCCGGGCAAGGCCGUUGGUGCAGUUAUCGGUGCUGAUGUCUCGCUGGAAGACGGAAACGUCCACUAUUUCGAUGCCCGAACGCUUUCUGCGAUCCCCGCUUCAGGAUCCCUCCCCGCGCCAACCAAGUCCCGGUUCACGCUCUCGGCCCAUACGGGCGCUGCAUCCGCCCUCGACAUUAACCCCCACGUACGAGGCUGCGUCGCGACCGGCGGAGCAGACAAGCUCGUCAAAAUCUGGAACGUCGAGGUCGACGGGGAUAAUGUCAACGCGAGCAUGGUCACGAGCCGCAAUCUCGAAGUCGGCAAAGUCUUCACGGUCGGAUUCUCGCCCGACGAUCCGUUGACGCUGGCCGCAGCCGGAUCCAAGGCAAAACUCCAAGUCUGGGAUAUCGGCGCUAACCCGGGAGCGAGAAAGUCGUUUGGCUCGCGCUUGCCCCUGCGUCAAGGUGGGUGGGAGAGAACACGCGAGGGAGGCGGUGUGGUAGGUGUGCAAAGCGAUGACGAGGAAAGCGGGGAGGAAUAG